UUAAAAUUAAAACAUUUGGCGAACGCCAACGAAAGUGAGUUUUUGACACGGAUAGGAUUCGUGGAUGUGUCCGUGACGUUACUGUAAACUUGUCGCAACAACUCGGCUAACACGCUUAUCGAGACUUUCGUUAGCAACUCUCUUAUCGGACUACGAGAAUAACCUGACCGUGCGACGUAAACAUUAUGAAUGCAGGAAUCUCUCAAUCGGGCGAAUCGAUUUCGUAUUAUCAUGCCGGCACGUCGUGGUCGAGGUGGCGCGUUGUAAUCGCGUGACGUGCUCGAGUGACACGCGCGGGAAACUCGGAAACGAUCUCCGUGUGAAACGUCACAAAAUCAUCGAUUAGGAGCCCAAGGAAGAAAGUGAAAUUUUGAGAAUGAGAAUGCGACGUGGGUACGUCGAUCGCGAAUUCUACCCUUGAAAAACGUGAGGAAAAAAAGGAAAGAGGAAAAAACAGCAUCACAAAGCAAAAGAGGAGGACGAGGGACAUUUCCUGAAACAUGGAAAAACUGUAAAACGCACAACGAACGACGAGCCGAACGAAGACGGAGGAGGGAAAAAAAGAGGGGAAGAGAGAUACGGGAAGAAAAAGUUGGCGGCGAAUCGUGAAAAGAGAACGGAAACGCAAAGGGGGAGAAAUAGAGAUUUCUGGGCACGCGCACUCCACCUGCUAGCGUGUAGUGGCACGCGCCAUACCUACCGUCUCCUCCCCCCUGCCACCCUCGUCGUCACUCAAGUUGCCCCCUUCACUCCACCCCUUCUGUCUGUCUCUCCUCGUCUAUCCAAUUCCGUCCUCUCUCUCUCUCUCUCUCUCUCUCUCUCUCCCUUUCUCGCGUGCCCUCCUGGCCCUACCGCGGCAGCCGUCGCCGCUUCUCCUCCCCCCUCCCGUGGGAAUCCCCUCCCGUGUUCCUCUCUCACGCGUGCCGUGGCUACGAAGAGACCGGGACGCGCGGGAGUCAAUCGCUCGCGGUCUUCGACAGGGCGUACAACCUACCGUUCUUUGCACUCUCUCCCUCUUCUCUUUCCUCUUCUUCAGUGUGCUUGAUUUUUAAAAUAUUCGCCAGCCAAGUCUCUCCCUCUCUCGACUUGUCAAACUGUGAGACUCCCUCUCCUCCUUUCUCUUUCGUGCGAGCUUUUUCGUUUGCACGUGCAUCGCCGAUGCCUGACUGAGAGAGAGAAGAAGAGUCGAGAAGAGAAGGUAGUAGUAUAGUAAACGAUCAUGUUAUUUCGCGCCAUGAACCGCGAGUGGACGAGUGCGUGAGUGCCUUCCUCUGCGAGGAAACAACCGGCCGAUCGUAGCCGUUCGUUACGAAAAGUUUAAAGGGGCGCAGCGAUACUACCUGCUCGCUCGUGACUCGUCGAGAGGGCCGAGACGCCGCACGACGAGAGUCGUCAGCCGAUGUUUGCGUAUGAAAGAACCCGGUCGCCCUCCUCCGUCUCAUCCUCCUUCUGCUGUGCGUCCACCGCGUGGGGGGAAGCGCGCGCGAUCCCUGUAUUGUAAACCUAGCGAGCAACGGGGCAACGGGGAGGACGACGACGACGGCGAGGACGACAAUAACGUGGACUCAACGCCGUAUACGACGUAUAUCUCGGGACGCGCUCGACGACGGCCACGGGAAAAGCACGAGAAAAGCGGGACGAGCGGCGAGAACAGAAGACACGUGUGAGAGAGAAGACGGCGCAGAGGGAACGGAAAGGAGCGAUAGAGUGGUGGGAAGCAACGCGUGCUGCUUAAACGCGUCGUCGUUCCUGCCGUCGCAGGAACGAAAAUAGUUUCGCGAGAGUUAGGCGCACGCAUCGGAACACUGAACAAAACACCGACGGCGGAGGAAGGGAGGGCAUGCGAGAAGAGUGAGGUCUGAUAUAAAACAGUCCGGCGUUUCGUGCUCGGUGACUGGAAUCGCGACGGCGAAUUCUGUCCGGUCCGUUAGUUCAGGCCAAGUCCGAGAGAACUUCCAGAGGCAUCAGUCGACUACACGCGAUCGCGCGGCGACACUGGUUUAGUCUCUCCUGUCUCUCCUCCCGCUCCGCCGAGAGGAGCCAGGACGUCGCACGAGCGAUCAGCUGUUCGUCGAACCGCCGCAAGUCGCGAGUCGCGAUCGCCGAGCCCGCGUCCCGUUGGAUUCUGAGAAUCCGCGUCGCGUGCGUUCCGCGUGCGUCGUCGUUCGGAAAACCACCUGUUGACGAUUUACGAGGGAAAAUCGAAGCGCGCGUUCGUCGACGAAAAGCUGCCUCCGCCGUCGCGAUUUUCUUCCGUUCCCACGCUGUGGAUCGAGAGACCAUCGCCGGUAGAACUAGACCGUUUUCUGGAACGAAAUCACGUCGUGUGGCAAUACCAAGCGAUAACGCGUGUCAACAACGAGAGCGUGUUCGAACUUUGGCGUUUUUAAGCUACUCGAAAGAAAGGAAAGAAAGUACGAAAACUGUGAAAACACUUUUUGUGAAGAACUAUUUGUACAAAAAGUGCUUCCCGCGAUCAUUGUUUCUUUCUUGCGAAGAAUGUGAAUUAGCGGCGAAAAGUCCGCUAGUGGUGAGCGUUUUCAAGAAAUUAUAGAAACACCGAGACUUAGGAUAAAACAAUUGCGUCGUCUCGAUUAUUUUUCACAAUCGGCUUCGGUUAUCGUCGAUACGCAUCUCGUCGGUGUGUCGGUCGGUCGGUCGGUCGCUGGCUGUGAGAGAACUUAGCAAGGUCAGAGGUCAGGGAAUAAGCUAGCGGGCGAUACGCGGCGUGCAAGGCCACAUCGAAAGAAGUGUCACGUUCUUUCUCUGUGAAAGAGGAUCGGUAACUCGAGUGAGGAAGCGAUAAGACGAGAGACGAAAAAGAUUUCUCGAACAGUCUCUCUGUGACGCGUGACAUACAAAGAGACGACGUCGGCAUGUUGGUGUGUUAGUGCGUCGACGACGAUAGCUAGUCAAAUUGUUAAGAUGGGCAUUACAUUUUACGAACGAUCGAUAGAAGGAAAUCGAUUCUGCGCACGCUGUCUCGGCAGCGUGAACGAAAGGGUUGAGUGACAUUUAGCGACAGCGAGAGCACAAACGAAUUAAGUGAAGACUCUCCGGUGCCUUGUCGUAUUUUUUUCUUUCCCCAGUCGAGUAGCGUUUAGUCGUAAUUCAAUCCCAUCGGGAUAACGGUACAAUCGAACAAGUGUAUCGAGCGUUCACAUGGACGUGUACGUCUUUACUCGUGAAUAAUCGGACGACAUUGAGUGUAAUCAUUUAUAUUAUUUGCGAGUAUAAACAAAUCGAGUGCUACAGUUACGAUUAUAAAGAUUAACGACAAAACCGUAGAAGGAAUAUAAAUGACGUGUAUCGCUGAACGAGCGAGGAAAAGAUGACAUUCAAGUUUCGUUGAUAUUUACAAUCGUGACGAAAAAGUGUAUCGACGAAACGUGUCGAGGGCAAAAUCCGCUGCUUUGGUAUAACGACACAAAAGGACACGAAGAACUGGAGGGGCAUGGUGGGCCCCCCUCUGCCAGGGCCUCAGGCCCGGGUGGCCUCUCUGUGAAAAGAAAUCUUCCUUCUACCACGUCGUUCCUGCGACAUUAGAUUACCUGGAAUGAUGCAGCCGAAAUUCCUCAAGAGGACGACCGAGGAGUUGGAGCCAACCGGUGGUGCUAGUGGUGAUGGCGGCUUCGGCGAGCCGCCGGUUAAGCUGCAAUGCACGCAAGGGCCUCAUCAGCAUCAACAGGGUCCUGGCGGUGGUGGCGGCGGCGGGCCCCAUCACGGCCAUGGCCAGCACCAACCGGGGAAUGGCGCGAACUCGACGGGUCCAACACCCGGUGGUGGUGGUGGCGGUGGUAAUGGUGAUGGGAACGAAGGUCUUACCAAAUUUCAAGUUCAGAUUGUACAGCAAUUGGAGUUUACAACUUCGGCUGCGAAUAAUUCACAAGCCCAAGCAAUCUCUACGAACGUAACGGUAAAAGCACUGACAAAUGCGUCAGUGAAGAGCGAUCUUUUAAAUGCGUCAUCGUCGCCAAAACCCGGUUCAGAUACGUCUGCGUCAGCUGCGUCGAGACCGCAGCCUGGAAACGGCAACGGUCCCGGAGGUCCUGGCGGACCCGGAGGCCCUGGUGGCGGCGCCGGUGGCGCUGGUGGUAGCGGUGGAAUCGGUUGCGUUGACAUUGGUAACCUAGUCGAAUGUAAACAGGAACCUGACAAUGAGUUCGUGGAUCUUGAACAAUGUGCCGCGGCAUUAGAGAAAGAUGCCGCGGCGAACGGCACCGGUUUCCCUGGUUUCUCUGAAUUCAUGGGCGAUGACACCGGCGACGAGAUCAUCACGUCGGAUGCAUUCAAGGAUCUCAUCUCCGAAAUAUCAGACUUCCAUCCGGAGUUUAUGAAGGACUUUGACUUUGAAGAAAAGAGCGUCGAUACAUUGGCGAACAACGCCGCGGCAGCGGCCGCGGCCGCAGCUGCUGCCGCCGUUGCUAAUAACAAUAACAAUGGCGGUAAUAAUAACGGUAUACCAACGAAUAACGGACAGAUCAAGAUUGAGGAUGACAAGGAUGCGAUUCAUCAGCAGCAACAACAGCAGCAUGCCAACGGCGCGAACAACGGCGUCAAUAGCAACAACGUCGGCAGUAACAACGGUAACGCGAUGCCGGCUAACUCGAGUCCGGGCACUCUCGGGUCCUCGCAAUAUUCUCCCGCUCGACUUCCUUACUCUGGAUUAGACUUCAAAUCUGAGAUGAGUCCGGCGGCGCAGACGCUCAAGCAGAUGGCCGAGCAGCAUCAGCACAAGAGCCAGCAAUUGGGUCUAGGUGGAUUCAACCCCACGGCAGCAGCGGCAGCCGCUGCGGCACGAGGCCCAGCGGCGAGAUCCCCUUACGCCGAAUUUCCUCAAUUCGGCGGCGCUUCCGAUUACCUUGGUAGUCCCGGUAGCACCGGCCCGACCGGUGGACAAAACCAGGCCACGACUGCGGGGACCGGCUCGUAUCACAAGAACAAUGGCACUCCAACCUUCCAGAGUCAGCAGACCAACGAUAUGUUCGUCAGUUCGCAAACUCAAUUUGCUGCAGGCCUCACGGAUAUGAAGAGGCCCCAACCAACUGCGACAGGCGGCAAGCCCGGCAUGUUAGGGCCUAGCGGCGGUUACAAACAACAAUACUCGCCGUAUGGUAGUCCGGGUUCAAUGCCGAAUCACGGUAGCCCGGGUUAUCCGUUACCACCAAGAGGAUCGCAAGGAGGUGGACCUAAUCAGACCGGUUCGCAAGGACCUUUUAACACGACCUCCACGCCGCCAAGACCUCCUUCGGGACCCGGUACUUCCACCUUGCAAAUCAAUCAAGCACAGCAGCUGCACAUCGGUAACCAGAUACAGGUGUCGGCGGGGCAACAUUUACAGGUCACGAGCGAGCUGAAACCGGUCGUGUCUGUCGCGGCGCAGCAGGGCAUGUACUUCAACCAGCAGCAGACGCAGAAUCAGGCUGGGCCAUCGGCUAAUCAGGCCGACGCCUACUGCUCGGUCUCGCAGUCCCAAACCAUCAAUUUCACUCAGCAGAGCCUAAGGCAGCGGGCGACGGCCGCAGCCGCCGGCGGAAUGCCGCAGCCGGGUGCUGCUGGCCCAGGGACUCGAGGCCAUCCGCAGCAGGUGCCGCCGGGCCAGGUCGAUCAGCAUCAGCAUGCGAAGCUUCUUCAACAGCAGCAGCAAUUGAUGCGCGCGCAACAGGUGAUGCAGCAGCAACAGCAUAUGGCAGGUGGAAUGGGAAGUGUAAGGCCGCCACCGCCCGAAUACAAGGCUGCAGCCCAGGCACAGAUGAUGCAUGCUAGUAUCGGUAUGGGUCAGCAAGCGAGAUUUGCAAAUACUGGGCCCAUGCGCAGAGUUACGCAACAACCUAUGCCACCGUCGGGUCCGAUGAUGAGGCCGCAAAUGGCGCAACAACAACAGCAGCAGGCAUUACACGCAGCCGGCGGUAAUAUGUACAUGGGCGGCGGCGGGAUGGCUGCCAUCGGCAAUAUGCAUCAGAUGCAUCAACGGCUAGGCUACCCGAGAACCAACAAUCAACGGCCGCCCAACGUCAGCGUUGGACCUCCGGAUGGCCUUGGAAACAGCAUCGCGGGUCGCGGCGCCCAGCAGGACCAAUGGCGACACGCGGUUUUGAUGCAACAACAGCAAGGCUUUCAGGCGCAAAUGCGCUCACAAUUCAACCAGCAAAGUCACCAAGGUGCUUUCGGCAUGGGUGGCGCGGCCAACACAAUGCAAAUGACUGCGGCGCAGAUGCAACAUCAACAAUUAAUUCGUUCGCAAAACGGCGGUAUAGCUGGUUCGGGAAUGUCCAACAGCACGCAGAUGCAACAGCUGUUGACGCAACAGCACCAACAACAAACGCUGGCUAUGCAGCAGAAUAACAAUCAGAUGUCGUUGCAGAUGCAGAUGUCACAGACAACGUCUGUAAAUUCAGUCAACGUUACUGGGACCGGUUCUCCUCUGCAUCCACAUCAACAGUAUGGCGCAGGUAGCCCUGGAGUACGUAGUUUACCACCACCGCAGCAGCACACUCAGCCACCACCACCGGCCACCACUACGGAUCCGUCCGUUACGGCUCCUGAUUUUACCCUCGAAUUCUUGGAGAACCUUCCUACAGGAGACACGUCGAACUUUAGCGCCCAAGAGCUGCUUAAUUCUCUCGACUCUACAGCUGGUUUUAAUCUCGAUAUUCUGUAAUGGAACCGUAUCUACAGUAUGGUCGGUUUAAAUAUCGGUGCUUGGCGAUAUGCCGAUUUUACUACGAUGUCAAGCGAAUGAGAUCGACUCCUUAAAGUGUAUACUUAGCGCAAUGGUAUCGACGAAUUUCACUUCAUCCGCGUAUUGAUCUGCUUUCUUCCCAUCAUGUUUUCCCUCAUUGUAUCAAACGAAUCGAUUUUCUCGUCAGUGCAUUUUUGGAAGAGAAUAUCGACCCGAAUGUCCCUUUUCGAAUCUUCUUUUUUUAAUUACAAAAAAACAUUAUCUAUAAACGGAACGUUUGAUUCAAUCUUAUUGGAGUUUUAAAAGGUACGAUUGAUGGAAAUAAUAUUAUGGAAAUAAUAUUAAUAAUAUUAUGAUAAAGGACUGAUUCUUUCUUGAGCUCGAUGUUGAGAAAACAUCGGAUGCAGAUUGAUGAUAUACUUUGUUAUAUUCAAUGACUGACAAUUGCGAAUGGCGACAGUUACCCACCGGUGCGACAAAGUCCCACAACCGGUCGUAGUGCAUUCUCGGUCACCGUUUCCGCGGCUGCCGACUAUUCUUUUAGGCAAUCACAUUUUAGUAAAAUUUAAUUUUGUAAUAACCGCCGAAGGGCGAGAGAGUUUAGCCCUGGAGAUGUGGUAGCGUGGGAUAUCAAGAGGUACGUGGAAAUCGUUCUAUCGUUUUCUCGUUGGGCAACGAUACCCACUUUUGAGAAAAAAACGAAACAAAAUCAGGAGGUCGCGGUUCCUAUUUUCUUUUUCAAGUUCGCCCAUGCUUGGCUAUAUCGAGAACGAUCGAUAAAUUUCCGAGUGCUCGCGUCGACGACUUCGACAACUGCGAUGACUUCGACGGGCAUUCCGCAAGACGAUUCUCCUUUCUCUUGAUUUUUCACGUUGAAAAUUCACGCAAGUAGAUAGAGAUAUUGAUAUUGAUAAGGAGGCCACGAUUAGAGUUUAUUCGACUGAACCUAUUCGGCCGCAAAAAUUGGUUACCUUGCGCCGACUCGUCGUUGCAAAACGUCCAAGAUUUCUGGACAGGCGAGCCUGGCCGGGCGUUAAUACUUUAUAAGAAUAAUAAUGUAACAAUGUAACGAUUAUAUUAUAUCAUUAUAUCACAAUAGCGUAAUAAUAUAUCGUUAUAUUAUUACAUUAUUAUGAAAAUAAUAAUGUAGUAACGUAACGAUUAGAAAGUAGCGUAUUUAAUUAUGCCAUUAACGGCAUACUUACAAUUAACAGCAAGUCAAUUAUCAAACAUUCAAUUUUUAUGAGUUUGUGACGCGUGUUGCAAAAUCGCGCGCUGAUAUGAUCGGUCCGUACAUUGGAAAUUUUUACAGUAAGAAGGAUUGAAAAAAACUUCUUCCUAAACUGCACAUUGUUAGCACUAAUACAAGAUAAAAUGGUCCUUCAUUGUAAAUAGAUAUUAAAUCUAGAAGAAAUUCAAAGCGUUAAACCCGCACAGUUUAACCGAGUAUAUAAGAGUAAGGAAUUUAAAAUAUAUAUAGAUAAAUAUUAUAAUGAGAUAAUAGUGAUUAAUAACGUCAGUAAUAUGCAGGUGGAAAUGCGUGCAUGAAAGAAAUUAUGCGCGAUUGAGAGGGAGCGUGUAGUAAAAGACGUGAAAAUGAAUGUAUCAGCGACAGGGCACAUUUGUUGAUUGGUAAAUAUAUUUAUUAAGUUUUAAUAUCGAAUGUGCUGUGUCGCGCUAUGUCGAAGCCGCAAAUAAUCACGGUGAGGUAGAUUCCAUUUCGACGCGGCGAACUACUUGUAUUUUCUAAAGGGGCAAUCACUUCUCGGGAAUUUGCGCGGAGUGUAUCGUCGAAAUAUUCACCGUUCUUUUCUUUUUCUUAUUUUAUCAAAUGGUAACAUUGAUGCUUUAUUUUGAAGAUUUUUAAAAACAUGAAAAUAACGAACAAAAUCCUAAAGUUUGCGCUUUGUGUCAUUCGUAUAUGUGAAACUGUAUAAUAAAGGUUACUAUGUAGUUCGAUGCUAUACAAGAAAGGGAAAGAAGGAAAGAAAGAAAGAGAGAAAGAGAGAAAAGGAAUCUGCGAUUAUUCUUCCAAAUAGCGAUACAUUCCAUAGAUAACAAAAAAGGAAUAGCGAUCUGUGGUUCGUCUAAUCAAAAGUACUGUUUAAAAAAAAACAAAUACACGACAGAAAGAAAUAUUAAUGUUAUAAUAUAAGAAUAAAACAGAUAUAUUGAAUCCCGCGCUUAUAUAUACAUACGCAGAAAGCACAUCCUCGACCGUUCGCCGAAAGUGUGCACGAAGACUUCCGAUCGGAUUUUAUUAUCGCUUGUCGCGACUCCGCUAGAAACUAGCAAGUCCCGCGCCAAGUGGAUUAGAAGAUAAUAAUAAUAAUAAUCAUCAUUUUUUAAAUUUCAAUCGG